CCGCGCUGCCUGCGGGGGGCGGGGCUUCUGCUUGCCGUUCAGAGAAAGUGCCACGACUGAGCAGCAGCAGCGGUCGACAGCAGCGGUCGACAGCAGCAGCAGCAGCAGCGGUCGACAGCAGAGUUCAGACUUCCUGUGACUCUCAGAUCAAUCAUGGACUCCGACCCACAAACAAUUGGCCUCAUGGUGUUUGGAGGCUUCAUGAUCCUCUCGGCAGUGGGCAUCGCCCUCGUCUCCACGCUCUCCAUGAAGGAGACGUCAUAUGAUGAGGCGCUGGCCAAACAGCGGCACCAGCUCAUCCAAACGCAGACCCAGAAAGCAGAGAAGAAGAAGAAGAACAAAGCCAAGAGGAAGGAGGACCGACCCGAUGGGAAGUUCUCAGAACCAGGCAGUGAUGGUGGCGAGGAGCCGGAGGGUGUGACCUGUACUGAACCAGAAUCUGAGCCAGAACCUGCCACUGAGCUUGAUGCUGCCCCUAACCCAUCACCUGAACCUGAACCUGAACCUGAACCUGAACAAGAACCAGAACUCGCUGUGGUUACCGGCACCACAAUCAGGUCUGCUCCAGCCCCCUCACCAAAGAAGAAGAAGAAGUCAGCCAAGGUGGAGCCAGCUGCUGUGAUGGAAAAGGUUACUAAGGAAGUUCUGGUCAUGGCCCUGGCGCCGGUGGUCGGUGUUUCUCCGGUAAACGUCACCAAAGAACCGUCUGCUGCCAAAACUGAAGAACCCAAAGAGACCUCGAGCAAGAAGAAGAAGUCCAAGAACAAACCUGAUCCAGUGACUGACUCCGCCCUGCUGCUGCCGUACGGCGAGCUGCUGACCGCCGUGUCCAGCAUGACGCUCAGCGACGACAAGAUGCACAAACUCAUGGAGGUCCUGAACCAGAAGGCCGGCGUCCGCCAAGACUCCUGGCAGCUGGCCUGUCAGAGAGGAGAUCCACUGGCCGCUCUAAAGAAACAGCUGGAGGAGAAAGACAAGCUGCUGACCAGUGAGCAGGAAGACGCCGCUGUCAUCAAAAGUCGCCUUCGAGAGCUCAGCAAGGAACUCGGUGCAGAGAAAUCCAAGAUGGCGUCUUUGGAGGCCCGACUGAAGGCGGAGCUGAGUGCUCGGGUUCAGGAGGUUGAUACCCUGCAGACCAGAAUGAGGACUGGUGACCAGGAGCACCUGAAACUUACCCAGCAGCUCAACCAAAAGAUCGGGAGUCUGCAGGAACAGCUGGAGAACGGCCCCAACGCUCAGCUGACCCGAUUGCAGCAGGAGAACUCGAUCCUCCGAGACGCCCUGAACCAGGCCACCAGCCAGGCUGAGAGCAGGCAGAAUACAGAGCUGGCUCGUCUCAGGCAGGACUGUGUCCGUCUGGGUCGGGAGUUGACCAAGCAUACCAACGCUCUGCAGUCCGAUGAAGAGCAGAGGAAGAGCCUGGAGGUCAAGAUGGCCGCUGCCGAGCAAGAACUGGCCCGAGCCCAGCUGGUCCACGCAGACACUGAGCACGCUCUGCAGCAGCAACUGGAGGAAGUGUGUUCACAGCUGAAAGCAUCGCAGCAGGAAGCUGCUGCUGUUAGUGAGCUGCAGGAGGCGCUGGCGUCCAGAGAGGCGGAGCUGCAGGAGCUCAAGGUCCAGCUGGAGAACCAGGUUACAAUCCAGGGAUCAGGAAGUGAGACAGAAUCCGAGCAGCCGUUUGAAAGUCUGGAGAAAGACUCUCUGCUGCUACGACUGGAGGAGGAACUACAACAGACCCGUAACCAUGGCAACGAGCUUCAGGAGAAAAUGGCGGCGAAGGCGGAGGCGUUUUCAACCGCAGAGCGUCUGAGCGAGCAGAGGGAGGCGGAGCUUAAAGCAGCGCUGACUGACUCAGAAACCAGGUUUGCCGCCCUGCGUUUGGACUUCCAGGCGUCGCUGCAGGUUCUGUUUCCUGGCGUCUCCGUGGAGGCGGAGCAGAACGACUGGCUGGAACUGUUUACUCAGAAGGUUGAGCAGAGUAAAAUCGAGGCAGAGACGUCUCACUCUGAGCUGCAGUCGCGGCUCCAUGAGGCAGACAGGAAACAGGCGGAGCUGGAGGCGGAGUCUGAUCACAGCAGGAAGCUGCUGCAGGAAGCCGAGGCGGAGCUUGAGGCUCUGCGGCGGCGCUCUGAAGAAGAUAAAAACGUCUGGAGGCAGAAAAUGUCUGAAGCUGAACAGAAGAAACAAACAGUCCUGGAUCAGCUGCAGCUGCUGGAGGACGAGGUUCAGCGGGGGAGGACGGGGAUGGAGGACACGCGGCAGCUGAAGGAGCAGCUGAUGCUGCUGGAGGCACAGCUGGAGAAACAGCUGGAGGAGGCCGGCUUCGCUCAGAGUCGCAGGGAGGAGCUCGCUCAGGUGCAGUGGGAGCUGCAGCAGCUGGACAGAGAGCUGCAGCAGGUGAGUCCUACCUUUCACCUGUCCUCUGGUCGGUGGACGCUCACACUGCUCACACCUCUCUCUCAUUUCAGGCUCGACAGGAAGUGUUGCAGCUGCAGACGGAGGCUGGUCGGAGGUCAGCUGCUGCGCUCCAGGAGGCCGCUGUCGAGGUGAAGGAGGAGACGCCGGUGUGAAACAGCAACCCUUUCGGAUCCUGUUACCAUGGUAACGUUGAGUGACGUCGACCUCGAGCGGAUUUCAGAUCUGACCACUCGAUGAAAACUGUUAAAUGUGCAAUUAUUUGACUGGACUUCAGUGUGACACAAUAAACUGUAAUGUCGGAAUCUUU